AUGACGAACGGCACAGCAGCAGCAGCAGCAGGAGCGGCUGCUGCUGCUGCUGCUGCACCUGCUGCGGAUGCCGCCCCGGAAUCUAAAGAGGUAGAAGAACGCACGUGGGAUAGUUUUGCUGCUGCUGCUGCUGCAGCGCAUGCAGACGGAGGGAAGAUUGUCUUCUUCGAUGUAAAGAGAAGCCAAUCCCUCAAAGAUAAAAGUGCAGCAGCAGCUGCUGCUGCUGCAGGAACAACACCAACAGCUGCUGCUGCUGCUGCAGGAACAACACCAACAGCUGCUGCGGCCGCAGAAGGAGCAACAACAGCAGCAGCUGCUCCUGCCGCAGAAGGAGCAGCAGCAUCAGCUGGUGCAGAUGCUACUGCAGCAGCAGCAGAUGCAGCAAGAAGUGCUGCAGGGGUAAAUGAAUUAACAAGCGGGACGGAGGAGGCAGCAAAAGGGAAGACCGCAGCCGCAGCAGCAGCAGCAGCAGCAGCAGCAGCUCAGUCUACACUAGAAGCAAACUCUUCGAAUCAUGCAACUGCAGCAUCAUCCGGACCAGCAGCAGCAGCAGCAGCAACUCUGCUGCUGAGCAGCCAGGAUGGAAGCGACGCUUCUCAAGCAACGGUCCUGCUGCGGAGACAGAGCGAGGAGCAGCAACACGACACACAGCAUCAGCAGCAGCGGCAGCAGCAGAACACGCAGCAGCAGCAGCAGGACACGCAGCAGCAGCAGCAGGCGGGACCUUGGCAGGAUGCUUGUGGAGACAUCGAAGACCUCGUUUUAGCGAGCAGCUCUGUCUGUGCCUCUGCUGCUGCCGACAGCAGCAGCAGCAGCAGCAGCAGCAGCAGCAGCAGCUUGGGGGGUUUAGAAUUGAAGUACUUGGGGACGGAGCAGCAUGCUGCUAUAGAAAUGCAGUUUCACUUGUAUUGGCCUCUAGAGGUUACGCACGCACAAGACUUUGUUGGCUUUAGGCUGCUUAACUCGCUGCAGCAGCUGCUGCAGCUGCUGCGGCGCGGCUGUUGCCGCGAGGUGUAUCUCCUCGCCAACCCAAACCCCGCAGUGCCCUGUAGCAGCAGCAGCAGCAGCAGCAGCAGCGGUGAAAUCUUGUUGAGAGGCAUAAUGGAUGAGUUGAGCCUUGUUGUGAGGGAGCGCGUGGGGUGUACGUACACCCCAGUGCUGGAGCGUAUGAAGCAGCUGCAUAAGAGCAGCAACAAAGUUGGCGAUAGCAGCAGCAACAGCAGCAGCAGCUUGUCUCGCUGCAGCUGCAGCAGCUGUAGCAGCUGCGGCUGCAUGCUGUGUGCCCUGCAGCAGCUAGGGUUUAGGGGGGAGGCCUUCUUGCUUAUUAGCGACACCAAGACAAGGAGACAGCCAACGGUGCCGUCUCUAUCGCAGAAGCAAACAGCAGCAAUUCAGCUUCAGAUCUACAGCUUCAUGGUGCAGCUGCUGCAGCAGCAGGAGCCGCAGCACCUGCUGCACCUGCUGCAGCUGCUGGCAGAAGCAGAGGGGACAGAAGUUUUGGAGCCCUUUCAGUCUCCUUUGCUGCUGCAAGGGCUUGAGGAGACGCAGCAGCAGAUGCAGCGGAUGCACUGCAGCAGCAGCUACUGCAGGAGCAACAGCAGCAGCAGCAGCAGCCCACCCACCAGCAGCAGCGAAGCACCGAGUCUAAAAACGAUGCUGUUGUUGCUGCAGCAGCUGCUGCGGAAGCUGCCCCCUCCAGCUGAGGAGCUACACAUUGUCUAUGAGUGCCAAGGGAAGAUCUUCGCUCGCGAGCGGGUGCCUUUUAAUUGGGGGGCCUUCUCGUUUGCUUUUAACGACCUGUUGGCCUGGUGGAGGGGAGAAAGACUCACUGAAGGAGUUGGGAGCUCUGAGCGGUGGAAGUGCAAGUACUGCGAAUUCGUCAGUCACUGCGAUAUGACGCCCCUAACUCCAGAAGAGAGGCAGCAAGCAGCACAGCAGCAGCAGCAGCAGCAGCAGGAGGAAGAGCAGCAGCAGCAGCAGCAGAAAGCAGAACAGCAAAAGCGGGAAACAGACAGGCAGCAAGGAGCACCGCAGCAGGUACAAGAGACAGAAGAGUUGUCGCUGCAGCAGCAAAAACAGAAGCAGCAGCAGCAACAAAAAACAGGUCAGCAGCAGGAGAUCCAUCAGGAACAAAAAGAGAAUGCUAGGCAGCAGCAGCAGCAGCAGCAGCAAGCAGCAGCAGCAAAGAAGGCACUCCAAUCCUCGCAGGCAGGAGGCGGAGGGCUUGCUGCUGCCCUUCGAGCUGCAACGAGCGGCGGCCACCUCCAGCAACUCUUCAUGCAGCAGCAGCAUCAGCAACAGCAACAGCAGCAGCAACAGCAGCAGCAACAGCAGCAGCAGCACGAGCAGCAGCAGCAACAGGGGUCCAGCCUAGGCCAUGCUGCUACUCCCUUCUCGGGUCUUCAGAAAGCAGUUAGCGCUAUGAGGGGGCGAACGCCAAAUUCGCCAGCAGCAACACCCGCUGCUGCUGCUGCUGCUGCACCAGCAGCAACAGCAGCAAUAAGUCCUGGAGCAGCAGCAGCAGAAGCACAGCUGCAGAGACGCGGGUGGCUCGCCUCCAGCUCCGCUGGAGGCCCCCCCGUGCAGAUGCUGCCAGCACCACCGCGACCUAGGCAGCAGCAGAAGCUGCAGCAGCACAAGCGGCAGAAUCAGCAGCAGCAACAGGAAGUUGGGGCAAAGAAACGAGGAGGGCGCAUCACAGACUUCUUCUCUUUAAGCAGCAAAACCAACUAA